UGUGUUUGGUUCUGCUGUGUGUUCUUCUGCUGGCUGCAGUCAUAGUGCUGUGUGUUCACAUCUACACAAACAACACACACUGCACAGAAGACAGAAAGCUACUAACCAAGAUCACCAACCUCACAGAACAGAUCGACCAGAUACUAACCAAGUACGUAAACAUGACAAAUGAAAGGGAUGGAUUAUUAAUGAGGAUUGACAACCUGACUAAACAAAAAGACCAGUUCAGUCAAGAGAGAAAUCAACUGCGGACGAUUCUCAAUGAAACAGAUGGAUGGUUACACUCUAACUUCAGCUUUUACUUUAUUUCCUCACUGAAGAAGAGCUGGUCAGAGAGCAGAAGAUACUGCACAGAUAGAGGAGCGGAUCUGAUCAUCAUAAACAACAGAGAGGAACAAGAGUUUGCAAAAAAGUUUUCCCAUGGUAAUGAAUUCUGGAUUGGUCUGACUGACAGUGAAGAAGAGGGCAACUGGAAAUGGGUUGAUCACAGCAAACUGACCUCUGGCUUGUGGAGGUCUGGAGAGCCCAAUGGAAAUAGAGGAGAGAACUGUGCUGUGUCUAUUUCAUCAGGAUGGUUUGAUUCUCUAUGUAAUAAGGCUUUUAGAUGGGUUUGUGAGAAAAGUCUUUGGUAAUUAAUUACAUAUUAAGUUGACCACCAAUAUGUGAAAUAAGUAACACAUAUAGUCACUCUAGUUAGUUCCAGCUCUACCUCACAUUACAGUUCCAGUUCACCCUACAUUACAACAUGGAUCCAAAUGAUGAUGAUCUAAUGAUGUGAACUAAUAGUGUGUGCUUGGGGCGGGACUAUCUGUUGGGGAGUAACAGGA